AUGCCUCAGUCUAUUGUCUUUGACAAUGGACCGCAGUUUGAAACGCCUAAGCUCCGAGAAUGGCUGGCCGACCAGGACAUUAAAGCUCACUUUGUUGUCGUUGCCCAUUCUCAGGCAAAUGGGCAGGUAGAAGCCUUCAACAAAAUUCUCUCAAGUGGCAUAAAAAAGAAGCUAGACAAUGCCAAAGGAUUAUGGGUAGAAGAGUUACAGUUGGUUCUUUGGUCAAUUAGAACGAAGACCAAGAACUCAACUGGCGAAACUCCAUUUAUGCUGGUCUAUGGCUCAGAAGCCGUCCUUCCCAUUGAAAUUGAAGAACCAACUCUGCUAGUCAUGCUUUAUUCAGAGGACGCCAACUGGGCUGCUCUUCGCACAUCUUUGGAUCAGGUUCCUGAAGUUAGGGGAAAUGCUCUACUAAGAAUGCAGUUGUACAAGCUACGAAUGGCUCGAGAGUUUAACAAAAGAGUGGCUAGGCGGCCAUUGAAAGAGGGAGACCUCGUCCUGAGUAAAAUGGAAGCAGUCGUCCGGGCCAAAGAAAUGGUUGAAAAUGAUUAG